AUGUCGCAGUACCACUCGAUGCCGUCCCCGGGGGUCUACGUUCCCCCAUCCCAAGGCUCCCCAGCGCAAUCGCAAGGCGCCCAGCAGCCCUCGAGCUAUCAGCCCAGUACGACGACCUAUGGAGCACAAUACCAAUCUCAGAAGGGAGGGGGAACGUUUGGCCAGAUGAUGAACCAGCGGCUUGAGCAGGCGGUGACAACAGGAAAGCCAAUGCUGAACAAGCUGGGCAAGACUAUAAGCUCAAAGCUAGGGAACAAGCCUUCAGGGGGCCCACCGCAGCAUCUUCAGAGCUAUCAGAGUUAUCAGACUCACUUUGGGCAGCAGAGCCAGAAUCAACUAUACCAGCAACCUCAGGGUCAAGCUUUCAGCCCUCAGUCGCAACAUCAGCAAUGGGCACCUACGCAGCAACAACCCCCACCUCAAGCGCCGAAUGCCUACCCACCUUCGCAGCAGUCUGCGUAUCAGCAACCCAGCUACUCUACACCCGCUUCCGGCCACUCGGGGCAGACCAACUACUUCCCACCGCAAACCACCCAAGCACCCAACACACAGUCUCAUACACCACAGUCGCCGCUCACUAGCACGGGGCAUACUUCAUGGCAAUACGGUCAAGGCGGCGGGAUAGCGGAGCAUACACAGACACACGGAUACAAUGGGCAGAAUCAGGCGCCGCCGGGUCAGCCUCAGGCGCCUGUCCCACAGCCGACACAUGAAUCUGGCCAAUAUACUGGACAGCAGACGGGAGUAGUAGGAGGCUACAAUGCUGUGCGGCAUACACCACCACCCCACACUUCGACUAUGUCUCCAGGGAUACCCGCCCAGCCCAUGCAGCCACAAUGGGAACAGGCUACCGGGCAGCAGUCGGGUUCCCCAACAUAUUCCACACAGCAGAACAUCACUGCGGCAAGUCCGCCACCUCAUCCACAGCAACAGUGGAAUAGCCCGUCUCCAGGUGGUGCAUACGGCCAAGGACAGUCGCAGAUGCCUGCCCACUCCGUCAGCCCUCCGCCACCUCAAGUGCCGUCAAACAAGCCUGCACAGUCAAGUCAGUCGUCAACGCCUGCACCGCAUCAGACACAAUAUGCUGCGCCACACGAGUUCGUUGCAGAGCUUCCUGCAGAUCUUGGAAAUUUGACUAUUGCAGAAUCGAAGCCGAAGGAACAAGAAACAUCGGUCUCAAGCUCGCAAUAUCAAGCCUUCCACCCUUCGCUAUCUCCGACUGGAUCGCCAUCGCCUGGCUUUACCAUUCCUCGGCGGUCGUUCAGUGUCAGCACGAUUCCACUGGCUGAUCCGUGGAGGUUUGCAGAUGCGAUCACUGAAGUUCCAACACGCGAGUUCUACAUUCUGGCCGAUUUGCUUUUUGACGCUCUGGACCGGAAGUUUGAGCCAAAGAACACGGGCCUUCUGGAAGCACCAAAGAUCAUCGGAAGCUGGGUGAAAUUGACCGAAGACGCGUGUCUAAUCGCUGAUGUGCCAACGCCGAUGACAACAUACACAACGUACAUGCCGGCUCUAAACCGGGCGGGAUGGUACAAAUUCUUCUUUCUUGAGAUGAUGCACGCGCCAGAAGAUAUCGGUGAUUUGAUGGCACUGUGCGCAGACACGUAUAAGCCGGGGGUGCUGAAUCACCCCGACCUCAACAAGCGGGACAAAACAGAAAUGCCAGCACUGCAGGCCAGAGCUGCAGCAAUUCAGACAUUUGCGAUCGGGCGCGUGUGUGAGGAGACGAAGGCUGCGAUGGCAGUCGACCCCGAUGUUCUUCCGGCGCACACGCACUCUACCGCACCUACCUCGGGACCCACGCAGACUGGGGCAGGUAUGACGCCACAGGACAUGACGGUGAGCAUGCACAAGAUCCAGGCAGAGCGGCAGUUUAAUGACAUGGCAGCCUGGAAAUGGUAG